AUGCGCCGAGGAGGCUGGCAAGAUUCGCCUGGCCUCACUACUCUUAUAGAACCGACGUCCGGUAAUACAGGUAUCGCAUUGGCCAUGGUAGCCGCCGCUAGGAACUAUCGCCUCAUCAUCACGAUGCCGGCAAGCAUGAGUAUUGAGAGGCGUACUCUUUUGAAAGCUUAUGGUGCUGAGCUUGUUCUCACGGAUCCAAUCUUUGGAAUGAAAGGAGCUAUCCAGCGUGCUAAUGAGCUGCAUGAGAAUAUCCCUAAUAGCUUCAUUCUUGCACAGGUUGCUAUUAUUGAAUUUGAAUUAUUCGGUGUUCAGUCUUUGGAAAAUUUGCUAUAUGAGUGGCUAUGCUGCAUGCUAUUCGUAGUUCGACAUCGUAUCCACCUCAAGUAUUCAUUUACUGACGACAAUGCUGUGAAAUUUGGAGGCAAACACGUGGAAAGGUGGAUGCAUGCGUUUUCGGUAUUGGAACCGGAGGAACCAUCACGGGAGUUGGGCAGUACCUCAGAGAGCAAAAUCCCAGUCUAUGCGGUGGAACCAGUGGAGAGUCCAGUGCUUAGCGGGGGUGAUCCAGGCCCUCAUCGUAUUCAAGGUAUCGGGGCUGGUUUCGUUCCAACUGUUCUUAACACAGCCAUAUAUGAUGACGUCAUUACCGUGCAUUCCGAUGAAGCGAUAGUGAUGGCUAAACGAAUGGCACUGGAGGAGGGUAUUCUGUGUGGAAUCUCUUCUGGUGCUAAUGUUCAUGCAGCUUGCAAACUUGCCGCUCGUCCUGAAAUGGCUGGAAAACUUAUCGUCACUGUCCUGCCUAGUUUUGGAGAACGUUACCUUUCAACGCCACUUUAUGCAAACAUUCGCGAUGAAGCCGUCGAGUUAGGAGUGAAUUCUCUCGAAAUUGACUUGAGUCGUGUCAGUCUGCCAGGGAUUCCUGUCGAGGAAAGUCAAAAACCGCGCCGCAAUCGCUGA